AUGCUUCGCCCUCUUGGGCGCCGGCCAUGGACAUGCAGGCAAUGUCUACUCCAGCGCCAGACUCGAACCUUUGAAAGCGCUGCUUCACAACUUCCUCGAUCGUCCCUCGAUUCUGUUCCCGCAUACAAUAAUGCCCCGAAUAAGAACCUCGACGACGAGACUCUGCGACGCGUUUUCGAUUCACAGAACUUUUGGAAGGAUUUCUCGCAGCAACGAACUGCGGCCGUUCCAAAGCGGGCUGGGCUGGUUCAGAACCAAUACUUGACAAGCCCUGACGGAUUCAGGGAGUUUGCACAUGCAUCGCUACAAAAAUGCCAGGCAAUUGUGUCCAAAGUCCUGGGAGCUUCUACUGUAGACGAAUACCGAUCAUUGGCACGAGACCUAGAUCGACUCAGCGAUCUUCUAUGUCGAGUCAUUGACCUUUCUGAUUUUAUUCGAACCAUCCACCACGAUCCAAAGAUUCAAGAAGCAGCGACGCAGGCGUACGCUCUUAUGUUUGAAUAUAUGAAUGUGUUGAACACCACAACAGGCCUGCAUGAGCAACUCAGUAAGGCCUUGUCCAAUCCUGAGGUCACAUCGCACUGGACAGAAGCCGAGAAAAUUGUGGCCCAGAUUUUGAUGAAAGACUUUACCACAUCUGCAAUUCACAUGCCCCCAAGUGAGCGGCAACGAUUUGUCAACCUCUCAAACGAUAUCAGCCAAGUUGGCUCCUCGUUUUUCAAUGGCGCAGAACCGGCUAGAUCCCAGGUUACGUUCAAUGCGAACAACCUUCAAGGACUAGACCCAAUUGUGGUUCAGCAAAUCAAGAGAUGGAAUAAUAAGGCACCGGUGCCAACUAUGGGAGUCAUUCCUCGACUUGUGUUACGAUCUGUGCGAGAUGAAUCCGUCAGGAAGCAGGUCUAUCUAGCUACUCGGACUUCCAGUUCGCGCCAAGUUCACCGCUUGGAGAAGCUUCUCAUGAAACGAGCAGAGCUAGCACAGAUCUCAGGAUUCAACAGCUUCGCGGACAUGACCCUCAGUGAUAAGAUGGCUAAGACUCCAGAGGCUGUAUCCAAUUUCUUGACUUCACUCAUCGCCAAUAACCGUGGCCCCGUUCAAGAAGAGCUGUCUCAACUCCAACAGCUGAAAGGCAGCGCCCUACAGCCAUGGGAUCAUGCAUUCUAUGUGCAUAAAAGGGUGUUGGAGUACUCCCAAUCUCGUCGAUCUCGAGAGCUGAGCAUUGUCCCUGAGUUCUUCUCCCUGGGUACAGUUAUGCAAGGGCUCUCGCGACUAUUUGACCGUCUUUAUGGUAUCCGCCUCGUCCCUCAGGAGACUGCUGCUGGAGAGACUUGGCACCCUGAUGUCCGCCGUUUAGACGUGGUUGAUGAGGCGGACAGACAUAUCGCAGUUGUUUAUUGCGAUCUGUUUAGUCGGCCAACAAAACACCCCAACCCAGCACACUUCACAUUACGCUGCUCGCGUAAGAUCUCUGCUGAGGAGAUCGCAGAGUGCGCCUCGAUGGAUCAAUCUGCGCAUCCCAACGAUGGCAUGGCGACGGCUGUGGAUCCUAAGACAAAGACUCUACGCCAAUUACCAACCAUCGCUCUUGUCUGCGACUUCCAAGAACCAGUGACAAAUGGCUCAGGCCGACCCACUCUUCUCAGUGAGCAGAGUGUCCGCACACUGUUCCAUGAGAUGGGUCACGCCGUUCACUCCAUCUUGGGACAAACACCACUGCAAUCGAUCUCUGGCACACGUUGUGCCACCGACUUCGCCGAACUCCCUUCAGUCUUGAUGGAGAGUUUCGCUACAGCACCCGAGGUCCUUUCCCUCUAUGCCCGACACUGGAAGACAAACGAGCCCUUAUCUGAAAGUAUGAUGCGUAGCAUGGAAAUGGAUCGCACAGCUCACGGCUCUAUAUACGGUGCCGUCGAGAACGAGGCUCAGAUCCUCAUGGCUCUCGUCGACCAGGCUUACCACUCUAUUCCUAGCAAGGAGGCUACCAGCGGCAUUGAUACCACCGCAAUCUACCACAAGGUUUUCUCCCAGCACUCUAGUCUCCCAGACCCGGAUGAUGUCCGACCCCAGACUUCCUGGCAAGGCUUCUUUGGUCAUCUUUACGGCUACGGAGGAACCUACUACAGUUACAUCUUUGAUCGCGCCAUCGCCAAUAAGCUUUGGCAGGAUGUUUUCCAGUCUGGUAGAGCUUCGGUGGAUCGAGCUGCUGGUGAGCGAUACAAAAAUGAGGUCCUUCGAUGGGGCGGUGGUCGGAAUGGAUGGCAAUGUGUUGCUGGUGUCUUGGGUGAAUCGAAUCCUUCUAAUGCCAAUGGUCGCUUGGUGGAAGGUGGCGAUGACGCCAUGCGCGAGGUUGGUCGUUGGGGACUGGGCCGCGAUGGAAUCUCCGGAUAG